CUGAUAAAGUUUUAAGCUCUUUGAUUCAAAAAUUGGAGAUGAGUUCCCAAGAGCUGAAGAAGAAAGAAAAAGGGAAAGAAAUUGUUACUUUCGAAGAAAAGAAUACCACUUCUCUUCAUCAUGUCAAGCACUUUGAUCAUACCGAAGAAGUCUCCAUGUCUUUGUCUUUCAGUAGUGAGCAAGGAAUAGCGGCUGUCCUAGAAGCUAAGGAGGAGACACAUAAAGAAAAUUCUAAGAAAGAGAAUGAUGAGAAAGUUGGUAUUCAGGAAAAGAAGAGUUUAUCUUCGAAGAUCACGCCAUGCAUUUUCUAUACGUCAGAUGAUAAGGCGCGACUACGGUGGUCAAGCGAUCUUCACGAUUGCUUUGUCAAUGCUGUGGCGAAACUCGGUGGACCUGACAAGGCAACACCAAAAAGUGUUAAAGAGAUGAUGGAAGUUGAAGGAAUUGCACUUCACCAUGUGAAGAGUCAUCUUCAAAAGUUUAGACUUGGAAAGUGUAACAUACGGGAUGAAUCAGAUCCAUAUAAUAAGCGUAUGUUCAGCUCCAUUCCCUUAAUUUUAUGUUAUAAAACAACUCGACGCGUCAUUAAAACAUAUGCUUCAUCAAAUUCAUCUCGCCCACAAGUAAACAUAAGACCUAAAGUUAUGGGAGCGGUCAAGCCAAAAAAGGCAAAAGAAGUCCACGGAUCACUUUACAUGCUUAUAGAGCGCGAUUUACAUUUACAAAGAUGUCGGGAGGAAGAAAGAAUGCAAAUGGCUUUUGCAAUAGGAAAUAACCGUAAUAUGUUGGAGGCACAACAUUUAAAGGCAAGUACGGCUCCAUCCAUAACACCAUCGUCAUACCACUUCUUAAAGAGAGAGACAAGUCCAUUUAAAAUGAACGAUUCACAACAACCAACUACUGCCAUUCCAAGCACUACCACUUACGCUGGUGACCUUUGCAAUGGGAAUAAGGCUUGUCUAUCUCUGUGUGAUUCUACUCGACAGACAAGUAAACCAUGUUCAUUGUAUGAGCCACAGCAUGUGCAUACCUCAUUGACACAUUCGACUCAAGGAAAGCCACGACUUAACGACAGUUACAACUACAACAUGGCUCAAGGUUUCAUCAACCCAUAUGUGACCAUUGAGCCACAAUCAAUGCCUAGCUCAUCUACUGUUAUAACUCAGCAAGAACUUCAGCUCAAUGAUGAUUGUCACAUUCACAACUCAAAUCGCAAUGCAACUUCUCUGCCUACAGCGGUACUACCAAAAAUUGAUUCUAGUCAUCAGAGCACUUCAAACAACGUAAUUCUACUUUCGUUGACACAAAAAUCAAUACAAACACAUAUUCCACACCAUUCGUAUAGUACAUAUCCUCCAUACAAUACUCUUGAAGUGGUUAAAGUUCAGUUCAGUACAUUACAAAACUCAGACACCAGCCUCCUUCGAGAAACAACUUCUCGGGAAACCAACUUAUCUUCUUCUGUCACGGGGGAUGAGGAAGAUCCAGUGGAUACGUAUAUUGAUUGGGAUAAAGUUGAAGAAAUGGAUAUUGAACUUGAUCCAGUUGAAGUUCUCGAGGCUUUGGGUUUCGGUGUAAGUCCUCAAUCUUAA